CACCUUUUGGGGGAAGCCUCUGUCAACCAAUUCACACACCGAGCGCAACUACGAAGCGAUUCAUAAACAAGGCAGAAACAUAAAAUCUUUUUUUUAUUGGCUAGCUCAUAGCUCAUACUCCAAACGCGAUCUAAGCCUACUCUAGAGUUUAUCCACACGCGACAAGCUUCCUUGAAAGCUCUCAGGUAGCUUCCAUACUAAGCUGAGAGACAGUUUGUAUACCUAAGCAACACACACCACAACAGGAGCAAGCAUCAACUACCGCCAUCAUGCGUGAGCGUGUCACGUUUAUCCACAACGACUAUACCCUUGAUCCUGAGGAGUUGGACAACCAAGAAGCUGGAUUACUUGGGCCUCAAAUCGAAUCAGUUCGUCAGGAUAAACUCACUAUCCCCUUCGACGAGUUGCCUAGUGAGCUCACCGAUAUACUCCAAGAGUAUGAGGCUCUCCAUAUCAGAUGGGCUAGCCCUGUCAAAUCCGAGACACUCGACCCUUUCACUUCACGAAUUUCACCAGGGCUUCAUGUCUAUGUGACUCCGGAAUCCCCAAACUCAUGUAACCCAACAAAACUUUGUGGCUGGCUCCAGAGGUUUGGGCCACUGGCCUGUUCAAAGCCAGAGGCUUUCACUGAGUUUAAGCAACCAGCUACCUCCACAGCCCCGAACUUCUCAUUUCAUCAAGCACUGGAAGAUCUACACUCCUUCAUAACUGUUAGCUCUCAGGAGUUCUGCCCUGAACUGGACACCGUUUGUAACGCCCGACUACGAAGCUUGUUGACCGCGACUAGCUUGGACUUGUCCUUUGAUAAGUCUACAAAAGCUCUUGUCGCUUCUGCACUAUGGCCUCUUCGACCUCAAACCGUUGCUGUUCCUGCAUCAACUGAAAGAAGGGUCGAAGUUGGCAUUUUUGUCGACGACCGCUCGCAACCAAACAUAAAGGAGAAUGAACUUGGUGUCGCUGGCGUUCUAUCCGUACUUGGCGACAAGAAAAAGCCUUCGCCAACCAUCUUCACCUUCCCAGCCCGACACCGUCGAGAUGAAUCUGUCUUUACAUCUAGAUUUCUCACACCCACAGGGCUUCACCCAACUCUUCAGCUCAGCUUCAGCUCUAACAAGCCUCCAAGCGCUGAGGGCGAGUGUGCGCCAUACGCAUUCUUGACAUUACCCAAGACCAUAUUUACGGAUCGUUAUCAACUAGGAGACGAUUUGUUCCUGGCUUCCAAGAACUUGACAGCUUUGCGAUACACAACUCUACCCGUGGACUUGGAAGCACCAGCAUAUGCCACUGAGGCAUGGGGGUCCAGUAUUCUGCUUGAGCUCGCGCCACCUACCUCUGAAGAAGGGCAGCCGUGGAAUGUUGAGAUCCCUCUUCACCUGCGAUACCUUAAGCCUUCAGUGACUGGCCAAGCCGAGGCCGAGGUUCCCUAUCCUGCUGUCUUCUGGGCAUGCUCCUCAGGGGAGGAGACGCUGGAGAACCCAUUUGAUCGUCUCCAUAUUGGCUAUGACAAUCUUUUCCCUCGAGACACUGCCUUCUGGCACGUCACCCCUCAACCAGAAGGUGGGAGCAGACUUAUGAACCGUGUCACCGUCCCUGUCCUUAAGCUCGAGGGCAUAGAUACAAUCAGGUCAGGCACGGCAAUUGCUGUUUCGCUAGGUUUCGCCUGGGUACUGUGGAAGCUGGUCGGUGUUAUGCUGAAGUUUGAAAAGCCAGUGCUCAAGAAGAUCGCCCCAAAGAGGUCUAAACAAACCAAGAAAGCUUGAGGUCAAAUUUCAUAUUAGUUUGUUUGAUCUCUGAUGUAAUGGUGUAAUAGAUGAAAGAGAGAUGUAGAUGAGAGUUCAACACUAAUUAAAUCAAGAGGACUAGUAUUUUUCUCCUCUACUAACCUAUCGGAUUUUCGCUUAUUGUCUGAAACCUGCCUGAGUACCUACCUAUUCUGUAUCGCCCAACG